CAAGAUGGCGGCUUCCAGUGCUCCGUAUCAGACAUCAUCGCAUUUGAAAGCUAAAUAUUACUAUAUACCGAUGGUUUAAACUUAUGAAGAGGCAGACCAGAAGGAGCCGAGGUGGGCUGAGUUGUCGCCAGUGAAACGCGGAAACAGUUUCCCUAUGGUUUGUCCGUGUGAGGAGCCGGUCUCGGUGUCGGUCUGAAGGGGGUUGUGUUAUCCGAGUAUGGCCACCGAGAACAGGAUCAAUUUUUGGAGGAGAAACGCAAAGGUUCCCGGAAGCGUACAACCAGUUUAUGGAGCACAGCAUCCACCUCUCGACCCACGAUUGCGACGCACGUAUCCCAAAGACACAAAGCCCAAGUUUAACAAUCUCAAGUCUAAAAAGGCCUCUAGCUUCCAUGAGUUCGCCCGAAGCACCAAUGAUGCUUGGGACAUUGACGAAGAGGAGGACGUGGAUUUCCUCGGGCUCCCCGCCCCAACUUUAUCCCUACCAUCAGGUCUCCACUCUACAUCCACACAGAACCAGCAGCAGCAGAAUCAGGCUGGUGACACAGAAACUGGAGUGUCACAAAAACUGGCAGCUCCCAGAACAGAAGCUCAAAACCUUCAGGAUGUGCAGGAGGAGGACGCAGAGGGCGAGCAUGUCAACGGAAAGGUUGUCAAGUCUAGUAGUGACGCCCACCUCAACACGUCCUCAGUUCGCUCCACACUGCAGAAGCAGCAGUCUCUCCCAGUUCGUCCCAUCAUCCCACUGGUGGCUCGCAUGUCAGACCAGAAUGCAUCAGGGGCACCACCGAUGACGGUGCGGGAGAAGAGCCGGCUGGACAAAUUUAAACAGUUGCUGGCUAGUCCCAACACUGACUUAGAGGAACUGCGGAAGCACAGCUGGUCAGGCAUACCAAGAGAAGUCCGGCCAAUCACAUGGAGACUUCUCUCUGGCUACCUGCCGGCCAACAAGGAGCGCAGAGAGCUGGUGCUAAAAAGGAAGCGAGAAGAAUACUUUGGCUUCAUAGAGCAGUAUUACCACUCCAGAACAGACGAGCACUAUAAAGACACAUACAGACAGAUCCACAUUGAUAUUCCAAGAACCAAUCCUCUGAUUCCCUUGUUCCAGCAGCCUGUAGUACAAGAGGUGUUUGAGCGUAUUCUUUUUAUCUGGGCCAUCCGUCACCCAGCCAGCGGUUACGUCCAGGGGAUCAAUGAUCUGGUCACACCCUUCUUCGUCGUCUUCCUCUCUGAGUUUGUCACGGAGGACGUGGAGAACUUUGAGGUGGCAGCACUGCCUCUGGAAACGCAGAGAAACAUUGAAGCUGACAGCUUCUGGUGCAUGAGCAAACUGCUGGAUGGAAUACAGGACAACUACACGUUUGCUCAGCCUGGAAUUCAGAACAAAGUGAAAGCUUUGGAGGAGCUGGUCAGCAGGAUAGAUGAGGACAUUCACAAUCAUUUUAAGAGGUAUGAGGUGGAGUACCUGCAGUUUGCUUUCCGCUGGAUGAACAAUCUGCUGAUGAGGGAGCUGCCUCUUCGUUGCACUAUUCGUCUCUGGGACACCUACCAGGCUGAAGCGGAGGGUUUCUCCCACUUCCACUUGUAUGUCUGUUCUGCUUUCCUCAUUGAGUGGCGCAAAGAAAUCCUCUCCAUGGUUGACUUUCAGGGCCUUCUUAUGCUACUGCAGAACCUUCCUACAAUCCACUGGGGUAACGAGGAAGUGGGUCUCCUGCUGGCUGAGGCUUAUAGACUGAAGUACAUGUUCGCAGACGCACCCAGCCACUACAAGAGAUAGGUCUGAGGCUGCCUCACAGCAAGCACAGUACACAGUCCACAGCGCUGCAGACUGUGGCUGGAUGGACCCACAGAGAUACUCCAGACAGCAAAUGUUAUCUUUGAGGUAACCUGGAAGAGACCGACGCAACAAAACUUAUCCUGUGAAAAUGAAGUCCAGUGAAUGUCACAUUGGAUUUGGGUUAAUGAUGCACCCAUAGAGCUCAGUGAAUAUGAGACUAUGUGCAGUCAAUGUUCUGUACUGCAUCAACAGACUGUUACAGUUUUAGUAACCAUAGCUAUGCCACUUUGGUUUACUUAUACAGUUUUUGGUCAUGCAACAUUAUUUGUCUCUCAAGUGAAAUGUACACUCAGAAGAACACGCUGUUAUAUAAAGGGAUGAUGUUUGUGAGAUUAUCCUUUUAGUGAAAGAUGGCAUCUAUAGAUUUUAUUUUUUUGAAGAUAUGUUUUGGUUUUACAAGGGAAAUAGAUGUAAAACAGGCAAGUACAAUAUUUUAUUUUCUCUUAUAAAACUUAUUUAGUCUGACACUGUCAAGCUGUUAUUAAUAAGAUGGGACCCCCGCUCCAAUUAGUGAGUAGACUCACAGGAUGUUUUGGUUCAGGAUUACCAAAUUUGCACUGUACAAUCAGUUUAUAAAAAAGUCCCUAUUUGGACUUCAAUGAUGAUGAGUGAGUUUAAUUGGUAGCCAGUGCUGAUAUUGAUAUUUUGGAUUGUAUUAGGUGUUCCACCUAAGAGUAGCAAAUAUUAGGUACUGUGUUUUAUUUCAGGUUGUGUCUUUCAUUGAAAGUGAAGGAACUGAUCUGAUAUCAGUUUGCCCUGAUCAUUAUAAAUCAGCGUUUUGAAUCACGAUGAGAUACACUCAUCAACAGUGGUAAAAUCACAAUUUUUCUGCCUCUGAAUAGACCAGGAAUGAUGCAGACGUUCUUGAUAAUGUAGCUUUGAAAUUCUUGUUUGUUUGUUUGUUUGUUUGUUUGUUUGUCAGAUUAAAUGGGUCUUGUGUAAUUUUGGAACUGACUAAGAUAAAUCUAAAUUGUAUUGUAUUUUUGACAGGUAAAAUACAAUUUUAGUUAGAGGUUGAGGCACAUUGUAACACUCUCAUAGCUGGCACCAGAUGAGAUCAGUAAUGACUGGUCUGUUUUGGCCCGAGACUUUUGAUUUUAAACUCGUCAAACUCAUUUCUUUGUGCAUAACGAUGAGAGUAAAUGGUUGUGUGAUAAUCUAUGAAGUAUCUAAUUAGAUACCUGUGGUUAGUGUAAAAACUGCAUAUGCAUUCAAGUCGUUAACAAUGUUCAAUUUCUUCAGUUUAGGAUCAUUUAAGAUUAAGAUAUAGAUAUUUUUUAAAUGGAGGAAAUGCCUUUUCAAUGCUUACUCAGUACUGAAGGACAUUUAGUCACACCAUCCUACUUGAGACAGUCCUGUGGACACAGUGCAGCUCACAACAUAAUACGAUGCCUUUGUUAUGAGCAUUUUUAAUCUUUUCCUGUCUUUUAAAGUAUAACAUGGGUAAAUGCUUUAUCAUUAAUGCUUGUAUUUUAUAUUUGUCUAAGGUUCAGGUUAGGUUGCUCUUGUAUUUGUGUUCUUUCACAGUCACAUGAUCCAAGAAAAUGUGUAUUUGUAACAGCAUUCGAGUGGCAGGGGGUGAAUAUGUGUGUUACGACUCAUCUACCUUCAUUACCAGUGAUAAUUAUAACACAAUGUAUGUUUGAAAGAUAUGACAAUCAUUAGCCUUUGAUACUUUGGUUCCCCUACCAUUAGAUGUGUUUUUGAGGUUUUUGCUUUGGUCAUUCUGAAGCAAAUGCUUUGUUAAGCUAUAGCAAAGUUUAAAUUCGGAUUUACUGUGCGCUAGAUUCCUGGCUGUUACCUCAGUCAUUGUAGGCUACAACAAAUUAAAUGGAGAACCGUCUUUAAUGUCAUGUCUUAAUUCAAAUUCAGGAAUUAUUCAGUCCUUCUGAAAUGUGGCAGUUCAAUCAUAGCCUGAGGUUUAAGGUACUUUAUGGCAUUAUAUUCAGUGUAGUGCUCCUGAAGAUACUGUGGUACUUUAGUUGUGUCAGUGAAAUAGUAACCAUUUAUAUUUUUGGAAAGAUCUGACACUGUCGCAAACCUAUUUAUGGUUCAUUCAUUGCCAGUUUUUGCUUUGUAAAGCAACCUAGAAUCUUGUGUUCAUCAACCUUGUUUAACCCAUCUGAAACAUUUUGAAUGUUUUUGUGAGUGUUGUUGUUGAAUGUAUGCCUUUAGCCUUAAAGUAGUUUUUUUUUUUCAUUCAGGUGCGCCAACUGAUUGUUCACUCCAUGCUGUUUUUAUCAAAGGGUCAUUUUGUUCUCAGAAUAUUAUAUUGAUAAAGUGCUGACAAAAUAAAAACCUGAUUUGUUUCA